AUGGCACUCAGUAAUGGUGCACCAGCAGCAAAGAGGGCUCGUUCAUCUGCUGUCCAAGGAAAAGGACAAUCGAGCAAAGCUGUCACUACGAGAAGGGCAAAACUAUUUCAACCUUUUCGAGCAUUAGGAUUGGUGACAGAUGAUGUUCCUUUUGUGCUUCUUGUUCGACAUGGAGGUAGAGAUGCUGUCAAGCCGGAUAUCUACAUCUUUACAUGCAUAGGAAAUUCAUGGAUGAUGUGGGAUGCUGAUAGAAUGACUUUGCUCUUUGUUGGAGAACCAGUGGAAAAUGAUAUUCGAUCUUUGCUAAUCAUGUCUGGUAGCAGUGGAAAGGAUACCGUCUUAGCAGCAAGUGGAUCUAACAUUCACUGUUUCAUACGAGGAAAGCUGGUAGAUACAAUGACGACAGAAGAUGAAGGGAUAAUCAGCGCCGGACAGACGUCCGUUCAAUUAUCGCACCUUCUUUCAGUCGGAGACAACGUGAUGGCAUUGUCAAAGCAGGAGGAUAAGCUUUACGUUUGGUCAUUCGCUCAAAAGAGUCUUUUGCGCACAAUUGACCUGGGAAGGCCUAUUGUCGGUACAGAUGAUACCUUUCAUGCAUCUGCGAUUCUGCAUCCCUCGACCUACGUUGACAAAGUAUUGUUGGGAAGCGACAAUGGAUAUUUGCAGCUGUACAACUUCCGCAAUUCAACGCUUCUACACACAUUCAAGCGAUCUUCCCUAUUGGAGUAUAUGGACAUAGAGGAAGCCCUCGUCGACCCAGAGGAAUCUUUCGCGAUCGUUGAUCUUGUGCAAACACCUGCAAUCGAUAUCGUGGCAAUCAUGUUCGAAGCAGGAUAUGUCUUACUGAUGGAUAUACGAUAUGACGAGCCAAUCUUAUAUGCUAGAGCCGCUCGAGGAAACGUGAGCCAAGGGAAAAUACUGGGAAGAAGCUCAGUGUCCUUUAGGACAGAUGGUAUGGCAUACACAAUGGCAGUAGGAACAAGGCUAGGUGACAUUAUCCUUUUCGAUUUGGAAAACAGCCUAGCACCCGCUCCAGGUGGAAGGAAAGCCCGUCCCGCCCAGCUUGCACACACAAUCCGUACUGCUCACACCGGAGCAGUCUCAAGUGUUCAAUUUCUGCAAGGGCAGCCUCUCUUAAUCUCAAAUGGAUCCGAUAAUGCUGUUAGACAAUGGUUCUUUGAAUCUGUCCCAUCAACAACUGCGCCUCCACGACUAUUGAAGACUCGUGAAGGACACAGUGCACCUCCUCGAGUAAUCAGGUACAUUGGAGAAGGAGGAAACACAAUCAUUAGUACGGGUGGCGAUGAUCGCAGUGUACGAUCAGUCAGCGUGAUUCGUGAUAGUCGUAGUGCUGAAUUAAGCCAAGGGGCAUUACAGAAGAAAGCCAAUCAGAUAGCCCGUCCAGUCAUCUCUCUCAAACUUUCGCCUGCCAUUUCGUUCGCCCAUAGCUCAACGCGAACCCGGGAUUGGGAUGAUUUGGUCACUGUACAUUCCGGUCUGCCAUUUGCACAAUCUUGGUCAACACGCAACAAUAAGAUGGGCGAGCAUAGAAUGCGAUCCACCAAGCUCGAUAAGAGAGCAGAAGAAAGCGAGGCAACCGCUGUAGACCUCAGUGUCUGUGGAAACUUCUCUAUGGUCGGAAACGAGGACGGAUAUGUGGAAAUGUACAACAUUCAAAGUGGAAGAUAUCGUCGAAGAUAUGAUACCCGUACGACAAAGAAGCAAAGGGUGGUCAAAAAGCUUAAAGGAGGUGUAGUACAGUGGAAAGAAGAAGUAGUACCUAUAAAAGGUGCAAAAGUUACAGGUAUUGCAAGUGAUGCCAUCAACAAGACUUUAGCUGUCUCUACAGCUGACGGAAAGCUGCACUUCUUCGACUUCCAUGAUGGUCACCUUAUCGAUUCAAUCCAGACUCGCUCUCCAACCUUGUCGACUUCCCUACAUCGAUCAUCAAACUUACUCGCUUGCACGCACAGCGAUCAAAGUAUCACACUAUAUGAUAUGGAAACCAGAAAACAGGUUCGUCUUUUCCAAGGCUUUGCAGGUGAGAUUUUGGAUAUUGCAUUCUCGCCUGAUGGUCGAUGGUUGGUGGCAAGCAGCAGAGAUGGCUUCGUUCGAACAUUUGAUAUCCCUACAAGCCGAUUGGUGGACUACUUUUUCACAAAAGAGAUUGCUAUCAGUAUUACUUUCAGUCCGUUGGGUGACUUUUUGGCAACCGUUCAUGAGAACAGUCGAGGUAUCUUCUUGUGGGCCAAUCGCAAUCAAUACUUGAAUCUACCGCUUAGCGGUAUUGAUGAACAAGAAGUGCUGACUCUUGCAGCUAAGAAUCAAGCACAAGAAGCUUUGCCUUCCUUGCGCGGUGUGGAUUUGGAUGAACUUGCUGAUGAGGAUGCCAAGUUGAAGGAAUUGGAUGCAGGUGAAGCAGAAUAUCAACGAACAUUCACCAGCCAACCGCAAUUAUUUGUUUCUGAUGAAGCUUCAUCUGAAGAAGGUGGCUUACUCACUUUGAGUACUAUGCCUCGCAGUAGAUGGAUGACACUAUUGAAUUUGGACAUCAUCAAAGCACGUAACAAACCAAAAGAAGCUCCAAAGAAGCCGGAAAAGGCACCUUUCUUCCUACCUGUCGGUGCUGGUAGCCGUCCUGAUUCGGCUAUUGACAGGAAGUCCGGACUUUCGCUUGGUGAGGAGAUCAUGGCUGAUGAGGAAACAGACAGUGGAAAUCAAUCAAGACGAUUACAAGUUCUUGCCUCGAAUGGCCUAGACUUUCAAAGUGAAUUCUCUCAACGUUUAGCUGGUGCUUUGCAGGAUGAUCAGAUGGAUGCAUUGUUUGUCUAUCUGAAUGCACUCUCACCUCCUGCUUUGGAUUCGGAAAUCCGCUCUUUGGCACGUUUAGAAGAUCUGACAUGCUUUUUGAAUUGCAUGACAAGACGUUUACAACAACAUCGUGAUUAUGAUGCAGUUCAAGCAAUGGUCUCAGUUGCUUUAAGGAUUCAUGGAGAUAUGAUCGCUAUGAAUGGAACAAAGUCGGAUGCAAACACUACUGACGAAGAGGAUGCUGACCAAGGUGAACAAUUGGGAACUGCAAUGAAAACACUAAUGGCUGAACAGUAUCGUGAAGGCAAUCGAUUGUUGGAUCUUGUACAAUACUGCAUGGGCACUUUGUCAUUUGUGCGUGAUAUGCCUUUGGUAUGA